CUGAAGCAAUUUCGGUUAAGUACCUUGCUCAAGGGUACAACGGCAGUGUCCUACCCGGGAAUCCCCACCGAGGAUUUCAGAAAUCGUGCUGACUCAUUAUCUGUAACUGACGGUUUAGGAGGGCAACGCUGUGGGAUCACAGCCAGUUUUUUCAUUUUUUCAAAAACGGAGUUGGGGGUCAACUUCACAGUCAGCGGCAGGCUCGUGAACUCUCCACACCCUCCACGAAGGGAAAGUGAAACCUGGGUCUGGGGUCUGCAUAACCUGGAUAUAUAUAUGCAGACUCCAUUUCGCGAUCGAAGAGACGACCGGAGAAGAGGUCCGGAGAAUACCGCUGCACGGUGAAUUGUGAGCUGCUAAAUUGGACUCAGCAGGCCUAGUGGUGCGGAGUAUGACUGAAAGAAGGACAACCAGGAGGCUGUAGAAAUGGCUUUAAGAAAUGCUCUGGAAGUCUAUGACAGCGACAGUGACAGCGACAGCGAGGACGAAGAUGCCAGGCGAAGGAGGAGGAGGAGGAGGAGGAGGAGGAUGAUGAUGACGCUGAUGUCAGAAGUGAGGCGGUCCCAUUGCAUUCAGGGUGCGUUGGAGAUUGGGCCGGUCGGGAUACAGGGCCGGGCUGGCCUGGUCUCCUUGACCCGGAGCUACCGAACGGCCGAUUCGUUUGAAGUGGAGAGCCGGUCAGUUUUGGGUGUGAGCGCCGGUGCCGGUAUCGACGGGCUCGGACGGGUCGGUGCGUCCGCCAGCGUCGGUGUGUCCACCAGAGUACGGUCUGACGGAAGGGCAAACGUGUCGGUCAACGUGGGGGCAAGCGCAGGGCUCAGUGCGGGAGAUGGUAUGGGGAUUGGCGUGGGGGCAAAUUUGGGUGUGAGUGUGGGACCUGGAGGAGUGGAAGUGGAGGCGGGUGCGGGGAUGAACUUCGGGGGGGUGGAGUUUGGAGUGCGGGCCGGCAUCGGGUCCAACGGGCCUAGUUUGGGGCUUGAUGUAGGAGUGGGAUCUAGGAAGAUGAAUAUGUUGGGCUUCUAGUAGUCUGGACAAAUGCAUGUACUUUCCGGGGCAAAAGGGAGGAGCCUCUGCCGCUGGGAGCCAGCGGCGGCUUCCCUAUUGGUUAACCGAACUGUCUGUCUCAGUGUGCCGUUCUCACCCCCCCCCCCCGACACUCCCUCUGUUCCGUGCUGCAAUCUAAGUCCUGACUGAAACACACCAGCGAAACGGACAAAGCUCUCGAGCUAACCCAAAUUAUCUGCUAAAAACAAAAUUAUGGACAAAUUCGAAGAAGACUUUCCAAAUACAUGGCGUGACUUCGUUGAAGAACCUUCAGCGCGUAUGUUUGGAUACGCUGUUAUCGAACAGAGAUGUACUCGCUUGCUUGCCUACAGGAUUUGGCAAAAGUUUAAUUUUUCAAGUGUGGCCUACGGUGUGCAAUCUGCUAUCAAAUAAAAUACCCAGAAAAAUGGCCAGAAGAAGCAAUGGUUUUGAUUGUUUGCCCGUUACAAUCAAUAAUGGAAGUGUAAUUGUUGAACCAAAAAGGAAUUAAAUAAAUAAAUGUAUCACCGAUAAAUAAA